UAAUUACAUUCUGCUAAAUGUCUUCUUGGCUAUCGCUGUAGACAACUUGGCCGAUGCUGAUAGUUUAACAAAUGCCGAAAAAGAAGAGGAACAACAAGAAAUGGAUGGCGAGGAAGAAUAUGACGAGGAUGGAGAAGGAUUUGGUGAAGGAGAAGACAGGUAAUUUCUUCGUUAUAUUUUGAGC